AUGUUGUAUUUGAAGAUGUUAGCGAAAACUGAAGUUGUUGAAAGGAAUGCCUUGAAAUUCUUUAAGAGCGGAAACACAAUCAGAUCUCACUUCUUAACACUAAGCUUGGAUGGGAUGCCACAUUCUUGUGUUCAGGGGAAAGUUAUUGUUGGAAGAAGUGUUGUGGAUGAGUCUAUGCUUACUGGUGAGUCUCUUCCUGUUUUUAAGGAAGAAGGGCUUUUUGUCUCAACUGGAACAGUUUGGAUGGGAAAUGUAGUAAAGGGUGUCGAGAAUGGUUUAAAAAUGGAUGAAGGGUUCAAAUGUACAAACACAAGCAAUAUUUGGUUAUGGACAUGUGAUUGUUAUGGUUCUACUUCAAAAAGUAAACAAAGUUUGAAUCUUCACAAUCUAGCAAUCUAG